AGAUAUAUAUAAAUGGGACUUUAUGGCACCCCCACCCAUUACUGCUUGUCUCAAUUUCAUACUCCUCACUUUUUGCAACAAAAUUCACGGAGAGACUACACCAACAAAUGGAGGCAUUGAGGAUGAGACUAUUUUUGGCCAUGAUGGUGGUGUUGAUGGCCAUGUCGGCGGUCCAAUAUGUUGCGGCAGCUGAUGCACCGGCCCCUACUCCUACCUCAGAUGCCACCGCAUUCGUGCCGACGGCGUUUGCUUCCCUUGUCGCUCUUGCGUUUGGUCUCCUCUUUUAAAAUGGGUGAAUUGUAUUAGUUGUUGAUAUUUCAAUAUUGGGGUUUGUGUAGAGUUCUUUUGUCUUCUUUUAUUCUUUCUCUCUAAAGACCAUACAACUCUUUUUAAUCCUUUGAUUAUGAAGAUGGAAAAGAGAUAGAGAAAAGGUGGAGGAAUUUUUCUGUUGUUGUUGGGAUUUUACUUAUGACAAAUGGUGGAUAUUUUCAUUGUUUCGAUUUUAAUGUAUAUCUGAUUGUUGGUGAGCUAAUGAAGUUGUUGUUACUUUGUUCCAUUAAGAA